AACGAUGACCUUACCCUAUCCCUUUUGCCUGAACCAUUGCCCCAAAAUGGUGAUCAUGAGAACAAAGAUGAGAGCCUUUCAAUAAGGGUUUGGAUAGAGACCAAGAAGCUAUGGCAAAUCGUGGGUCCUGCCAUCUUCAGCAGGCUCGCUUCUUACACCAUGAAUGUCAUUACGCAAGCCUUCGCUGGGCACCUCGGUGAGGUCCAAUUGGCUUCCAUUUCCAUUGCCAACACUGUCAUCGUCGGCUUCAAUUUUGGGCUAUUGUUAGGAAUGGCAAGCGCAUUAGAAACCCUGUGUGGGCAGGCCUUUGGAGCCAAAAGGUACCAUAUGCUUGGGAUAUACUUGCAAAGGUCAUGGAUUGUGCUGUUCCUCUGCUGCUUUCUCCUGACCCCUGUUUACAUAUUUGCAACUCCAAUUCUGAAGCUGCUGGGGCAGACCGAUGACGUGGCAGAGCUGUCGGGGGUGGUGGCUCUGUGGCUCCUUCCCCUGCACUUCAGCUUUGCGUUUCAGUUCCCAUUGCAGAGGUUCUUGCAGUGCCAGCUUAAGAACAUUGUUAUUGCUUGGGUUUCUUUAACGGGUUUAUUGGUUAAUGCAUUGGUGAGUUGGCUUUUCAUCUAUGUGUUGGAUUAUGGGGUUGUUGGUGCUGCCAUUGCUUUGGAUAUUUCCUGGUGGUUUUUGGUUUUUGGGCUCUAUGUGUAUGCUGCUUGCGGUUGGUGCCCUCAGACUUGGACUGGUUUCUCUAUGCAAGCCUUUUCUGGGCUCUGGGAAUUUAUCAAACUUUCUGCUGCUUCUGGUGUUAUGCUCUGCUUGGAGAACUGGUAUUACAGAAUUCUGAUAUUGAUGACUGGAAACUUGAAAAAUGCAACUAUUGCUGUGGACGCCUUGUCAGUUUGCAUGACUAUUAAUGGAUGGGAGCUCAUGAUUCCUCUAGCCUUCUUUGCUGGAACAGGGGUAAGGGUGGCAAAUGAGCUAGGAGCUGGAAACUGGAAGGGAGCAAAAUUUGCAACAAAGGUUUCUGUGGUAGAAUCCACCGUGAUUGGUGUCUUUUUUUGUGUACUUAUAAUGGCACUGCACGACAAAAUCGCAUACUUAUUCACCUCCAGUAGUGCUGUCCUCGAAGCAGUUGAUGAGAUGGCUUAUCUCUUGGGCGUCACAAUUCUACUUAAUAGCGUUCAACCUGUUUUAUCAGGAGUAGCUGUGGGCUCGGGAUGGCAAGCUUGGGUGGCAUAUAUAAAUCUCUUCUGCUACUACAUAGUUGGGCUCCCACUUGGGUUUUUAAUGGGUUGGGUCUUCAACUUGAGUAUUGGGGGUAUUUGGGGAGGGAUGAUCUUUGGUGGGACUGGUAUUCAGACAUUGAUAUUAGCCAUCAUCACAAUACGACGUGAUUGGGAAAAAGAGGCUGAGAAAGCCAACCAGCGUGUAUUACAGUGGUCAACCCCUAAACCAGACAAUCAAUCAGAAGAACAAGUACAUUAGCUGCAAACUUAGGAAUUUUUCGUGUGUGUGCUUCUGAGUGUCCAUGAUUUUUCGCUUGAAUUCUGAGGCUACUUUUUCAACCACUGAAGAAAGAAAAAACAAAACAAAACAAAACAAAACAAGAUAAAGAGGUGAUGCGAUUAAUUGAUUAUUUAGUGCAAAUUGCAAUUCAUUUUACUCCGUUAUAUAAUUGAAAGGAUAAUUGUCGAAAUGUCAUAUGAACUUAUAC